UCAGCCUUUAGUUUCUAACUCUCAAUACAAACGUAAACACUACAAGAGGGAAAGCAUCCAUGGAGAGGGAAGAACAGGGAGGAAGCAAGCAGGAAAGAAUGAUAGAAAGACUUUAUAAAGCUUCAUUGAGUGGGAGUCGCUCAUCUCUGAUUGAACUCAUUAAGGAGGACAAGAUCAUUCUCGAUAGAGUUGUGAUCACUUGCUUCAAUGAGACUCCACUCCACAUAGCAGCAAUGCUAGGCCAUGUUGAGUUUGCGAAAGAGAUUUUGAAACGCAAACCAGAACUUGCAACUGAGUUAGACUCAGAAAGUUCCUCUCCUCUUCACUUGGCUUCAGCAAAAGGGAACCUUGAAAUGGUGAAAGAGCUGUUGAAGAUCAACCCAAAUGUUUGUAGUGUUACUGACCAAGAUGGGAGAACCCCUCUUCAUCUUGCAGCGAUCAAAGGACGGAUUGAUGUCAUGAAAGAGUUGAUUCGGACACGACGUGAGGUCAUUCAUAAGAGGGUUGAUAGAGGAGAAAGCAUUCUACACUUGUGUGUGAAACACAACCGUUUGGAGGCACUUAAACUAUUAUUGGAACCAGCAAGCAGUGUUCAAGAAAAGCAGCUCCUCAAUUCUAAAGAUGAUAAUGGCAACACUGCUUUACAUCUUGCUAUAGCUAAGAAACAGACUAAGAGCAUCGAGGUGUUGCUGAGUAAAAACGGAGUAGAGGUGAAUGCAUUGAAUGGGAGUGGUCUUACAGCUUUGGAUAUCUUAGCACAAUCUCCACGAGACGCGAAAGACUUGGAUAUUGGAGAAUCCCUAAGGGCUUCCGGAGCAUUAAGAGCCAAGGAUAUACCUAUAUUGUCAACAGUGCCAGUAAAUAACAAUAAUAAUAAUAAUGACAAUAGUACUACUGGGGCGGGCUCAACACGAAGUCGGGCUAGUAGUCAUAGUACUAGUCAAGUAUUGCAAUCCGAUGACAAAUACGUGGACUGGUUAGAGAGGAAGAAGAAUUCUUUAAUGGUAGUCUCAACAGUGAUUGGUACCAUGGCUUUCCAAGCAAUACUGAGUCCUCCUGGUGGGGUAUGGCAAGAUUAUGGCAGGCAUCCUAAUCAUAAUUCUCCCAAUUCUUAUCUUAACCACACGGCUGGUACUUCUGUAAUGGCAGAUGUGAAACCUGACAAUUACACUCCAUUCUUAAUUUGCACCACACUCUCUCUGGUUGGGUCUAUGAGUAUAACCCUUUUGCUCAUAAGUGGAUUACCAUUAAGGAAGAAGCUUUUUGUGUGGAUAAUGAUGGGAAGUAUGUGGGUUAUAAUUGCUUCAUUGUUAUUAGCUUACUUUUUCUCAGUAUCUCAACUGUCACCAGUGGGUCAAUUUCAUAAUGUUAUAAAUAUCAUCUUGGUUUCAAUCAUUACUUGGUUUGUGUUGGUGGGCCUUGUUCUUUUCCUUCACACUGCUCGCUUGGUCUCACGACGUGUGAGUAAAUUACCUUUGGGGUGGAGGAUUUUUAUGUGGAUAUUGAUCAUAUUGGUCAUAAUCGCAUUAGUGGUAUUGGAAUUUUUAUGUGGAAUGGCAUCAUUUCCAGCGAUAAGCAUAGCACUGCUGCUUUUAUUCAGUAUUUUGUUUGGGAUGGUGGGCCCUGUUCUCCUACUUCAAACUGCUCGCAGGAUCUUCCGGUGUGUGACAAAGAAGACUGGAUGUCAUAAGAUGAUGAAUAAUGAUCAAGAUCAUCAGAAUCAAUCUGGUGUCUGAAUCAAUCUACAAGAUCCUGCCUAGUGCCACUAUAUUGUGAGGGAGCCCAGUGCCAACAGGAGCUGAAAGCAUUUUUGGAGACCUUCCUUUAGUCAUUCUUAGUUUCUAUACAAACAUUUUGCUUAUAGAAUGAAUGACUGUAAUAACUUUAACUAAACCACUUUGUUCAACUAUUUGCCACUAGGGGGCCAACUUUUAUAUUUAAUUCAUAAUCUAUGUGUUUGGUAUGUAUUUUCAUUUAAAGAAGAAAUUGUUAGUAUCUCUCCUGACAA